AUGGGCGUGACGGUCUAUGACUGUCUAACGCGUAGGUACCACCCGGCGGAUCUCGUAGGCGGAGCCAGAAUGUGUGCAUGUUGCAUGCACACGUAUUCCCUCGCCAGAGUCCGUGUGGCAUUCCCCCUUUCCCCUGUAUCCCCCAUAGCCCCACGGUACUGAAUGGGUGUUUAGGCCUUAGGCCUUCGUGGUAGUUGGAGUAUACAAAAAAAACACAUAUUGGUAUCUCCUUUGGAGUUCGAGAAAGACCAUCAGUUCUCUAAAUACGUCAAUGGGAGUGCAGUGGUACUCGUAUUUUCAUUAUGA